AUGCAUGGAGUUUUAACAUUGAAUGCGGAGAACACUAAUUAUGCCUAUCAAGCUCCAAACUUCCAUAAAUGUGAAAUCUGUCUGCUAUCUUUUCCAAAAGAAUCCCAGUUUCAACGCCACAUGAGGGACCACGAGCGCAAUGACAAGCCACAUCGAUGUGACCAGUGCCCCCAAACAUUUAAUGUUGAAUUCAACCUGACACUUCAUAAAUGUACCCACAACGGGGAAGAUCCUACCUGCCCUGUGUGUAACAAGAAAUUCUCCAGAGUGGCUAGUCUCAAAGCGCAUGUUAUGCUACAUGAGAAGGAAGAGAACCUCAUCUGCUCUGAGUGUGGGGAUGAGUUCACUCUGCAGAGCCAGCUGGCCAUCCACAUGGAGGAGCACCGCCAGGAGCUGGCGGGAACCCGGCCGCACACUUGUAAGGCCUGCAAGAAAGAGUUUGAAACCUCGUCAGAGCUGAAGGAGCACAUGAAGACGCAUUAUAAAAUUAGGGUGUCAGGUACGAGGUCUUACAAUCGGAACAUUGACAGAAGCGGAUUCACGUAUUCAUGUCCACACUGUGGAAAGACGUUUCAAAAGCCAAGUCAGUUAACGCGACAUAUCAGGAUACACACAGGUGAAAGGCCAUUUAAAUGUAGUGAAUGUGGGAAAGCUUUUAACCAGAAGGGGGCAUUGCAGACGCAUAUGAUCAAGCAUACAGGUGAGAAACCCCAUGCCUGUGCCUUCUGUCCUGCCGCCUUCUCUCAGAAAGGGAAUCUGCAGUCACACGUCCAGAGAGUUCAUUCGGAGGUCAAGAAUGGUCCUACUUACAAUUGUACAGAAUGUAGUUGUGUAUUUAAAAGUUUAGGCAGCUUAAACACGCACAUCAGCAAGAUGCACAUGGGUGGGCCGCAGAAUUCAACAAGUUCCACAGAGACUGCUCAUGUGUUAACGGCCACACUCUUUCAGACUUUACCUCUUCAGCAGACAGAAGCCCAAGUCACGUCAGCCUCAAGUCAGCAGAAUUCUCAGGCAGUGACCGACGUCAUCCAGCAGCUUCUGGAACUCUCGGAGCCAGGGCCUGUGGAGUCAAACCAGUGCCCUGCCGCCACGCAGCAACUCAGCAUCACAGUGGGCAUCAACCAGGACAUUCUGCAGCAAGCCUUAGAAAACAGUGGGCUGUCUUCAAUUCCAGCUGCCGCACACCCUAACGACCCCAGCCAUGCCACGGCUUCUGGAACGCAGAUUCGGAAUCCAGAUGUUUCCAAUGUUUCAAAUGAGCAGACUGACCCUGCAGAUGCAGAGCAAGAGAAAGAACAGGAGAGCCCAGAGAAGUUGGAAAAGAAAGAAAAAAAAAUUAUAAAGAAGAAAUCACCAUUUCUACCUGGCUCGGUCCGGGAGGAGAACGGCGUGCGCUGGCACGUGUGCCCCUACUGCACCAAGGAGUUCCGCAAGCCCAGCGACCUGGUGCGCCACAUCCGCAUCCACACGCACGAGAAGCCCUUCAAGUGCCCGCAGUGUUUCCGCGCCUUCGCCGUCAAGAGCACGCUGACGGCGCACAUCAAGACGCACACGGGCAUCAAGGCGUUCAAGUGCCAGUACUGCAUGAAGAGCUUCUCCACGUCGGGCAGCCUCAAGGUGCACAUCCGCCUGCACACAGGAGUUAGACCUUUUGCAUGUCCUCACUGUGACAAAAAAUUCCGAACCUCAGGCCAUAGGAAGACUCACAUUGCUUCCCACUUUAAACACACGGAGUUAAGGAAGAUAAGGCACCAGCGCAAACCCGCGAAGGUUCGUGUGGGCAAGACAAACGUUCCAGUGCCUGACAUUCCUUUGUCACAUACAGGUGAAAAACCUUUUAAAUGUUCUCAGUGUGGAAGAGGCUUUGUUUCUGCAGGAGUGCUCAAGGCCCACGUCCGAACGCACACAGGACUAAAAUCUUACAAGUGUCUGAUAUGUAACGGAGCGUUCACCACCGGUGGUAGCUUAAGGCGGCACAUGGGUAUACAUAAUGACCUUCGCCCCUACAUGUGUCCCUAUUGCCAGAAAACAUUUAAGACCUCACUAAACUGCAAAAAGCACAUGAAAACCCAUAGAUACGAGCUUGCCCAGCAGCUCCAGCAGCAUCAGGAUGCGGCCUCGAUAGAUAACAGCACCGUGGACCAGCAGAGCAUGCAGGUCUCCUCCCAGAUGCAGGUGGAGAUCGAGAGCGGGGAGCUGCCCCAGCCGGCGGAGGUGGUCGCAGCAAACCCCGAGGCCAUGCUGGACCUGGAGCCACAGCACGUGGUGGGCACGGAAGAGGCAGGACUUGGUCAACAGCUGACAGACCAGCCUCUGGACCCAGAUGAAGAUGGGUUUGUGGCUGCGCAGGACCCGCUACGGGGGCACGUAGAUCAGUUUGAAGAGCAGACUCCCCAGCAGCCCUUCGAACCAGCAGGGCUAUCCCAAGAUUUUACAGUGACCGAUACGUACAAUCAGCAGACUCAGUUUCCACCUGUCCAACAGCUGCAAGAUUCCAGCACACUUGAGUCUCAGGCCCUCUCCACGAGUUUCCACCAGCCGAACUUACUGCCGGUCCCUACCUCUGAUACGAUCAACGUGACAACUCGUUUGAUUCAAGAGUCAUCCCGAGAGGAACUGGACCUGCAGACGCAGCGUCCCCAGACCCUGGAGGACGGCGAGGAUCAAAGCAGGCGCUCGUACAGGUGCGACUACUGCAGCAAGGGCUUCAAGAAGUCCAGCCACCUGAAGCAGCACGUGCGCUCGCACACCGGGGAGAAGCCCUACAAGUGCAAGCUCUGUGGGCGCGGCUUCGUCUCCUCUGGAGUCCUCAAGUCCCAUGAGAAGACACACACAGGGGUGAAGGCGUUCAGCUGCAGCGUCUGUAACGCCUCCUUCACCACCAACGGCAGCCUCACCCGGCACAUGGCCACACACAUGAGCAUGAAGCCUUACAAGUGUCCGUUCUGUGAGGAGGGGUUUCGAACCACGGUUCACUGUAAAAAGCACAUGAAGAGACACCAGACAGUCCCCUCUGCCGUGUCAGCCACCGGAGAGCCCGAAGGAGGAGACAUAUGUAUGGAGGAAGAGGAGGAAAAUUCUGACAGAAACGCAUCGAGGAAGUCUCGUCCUGAGGUCAUCACUUUCACAGAGGAAGAGACGGCCCAGUUAGCCAAAAUUCGGCCCCAGGAAAGCGCUACGGUGUCUGAGAAGGUCCUGGUGCAGUCAGCGGCAGAAAAGGACCGCAUCAGCGAGAUGCGAGACAAGCAGGCGGAGCUGCAGGACGAACCCAAGCAUGCCAACUGCUGCACCUACUGCCCCAAGAGCUUCAAGAAGCCCAGCGACCUGGUGAGGCACGUUCGAAUCCACACUGGAGAAAAGCCGUACAAAUGUGACGAAUGCGGCAAGAGUUUCACGGUCAAAUCCACGCUCGACUGCCACGUGAAGACUCACACAGGGCAGAAGCUCUUCAGCUGCCACGUCUGCAGCAACGCGUUCUCCACGAAGGGGAGCCUGAAGGUGCACAUGCGUCUGCACACGGGAGCCAAGCCUUUCAAGUGCCCCCACUGCGAGCUACGUUUCCGCACUUCUGGGCGGAGGAAGACGCACAUGCAGUUCCACUACAAACCAGACCCGAAGAAAGCCAGGAAGCCCGUGACGCGGAGCUCCCCCGAAGGGCUGCAGCCUGUGAACCUCCUCAGCCCGCCUCCCAGCGACCCCAGCGUGUUCAUCAUGAACAACUCCGUGCUGACCGGACAGUUCGAUCAAAAUUUGCUGCAGCAAGGGCUGGUGGGCCAGGCUAUUCUUCCUGCCUCCGUGUCAGCGGGGGGUGACCUGACGGUGUCCCUGACAGACGGGAGCCUGGCCACCCUGGAAGGCAUCCAGUUGCAGCUGGCCGCCAACCUGGUGGGGCCGAACGUUCAGAUCUCUGGGAUCGACGCCUCCAGCAUCAAUAACAUCACGUUGCAGAUCGACCCAAGCAUCCUGCAGCAGACGCUGCAGCAGGGCGGCGUGCUCACGCAGCAGCUCACGGGCGAAUCCAGCGCGGCCCCACAGAACAGCGCUCUCCAGACGCCGGACGGCACGGUCCCCGCCAGCGUGGUCAUCCAGCCCCUCUCAGGCCUGUCCUUGCAGCCCGCGGUGACGUCUGCCAACCUGACCAUAGGCCCUCUGUCCGAGCAGGAGUCCGUGCUGGCCACCAGCAGCAGCGGGACCCAAGACCUCACCCAAGUGAUGGCUCCGCAGGGUCUAGUGUCCCCCUCCAGCGGGCCCCACGAGAUCACCCUGACCAUCAACAACUCGAGUCUGAGCCAGGUCCUGGCUGCUGGACCCUCCGCCACGGCGUCGUCGGGGUCUCCGCAGGAGAUUACCCUGACUAUCUCUGAACUGAAUACUACAAGUGGAGGCCUUCCUUCAGCAACGCCGAUGUCUCCGUCCGCCAUCUCGACUCAGAACCUGGUCAUGUCUUCGUCGGGCGUGGGAGGAGAUGCCAGCGUCACGCUGACUCUGGCCGACACGCAGGGCAUGCUGUCCGGGGGCCUGGACACGGUCACACUCAACAUCACUUCUCAGGGCCAGCAGUUCCCAGCGCUGCUCGCAGACCCCCCUCUCUCAGGCCGAGGUGGAGCGGGCUCCCCGCAGGUCAUCCUGGUGAGCCACACCCCGCAGUCGCCAGCCGCUCCUUGUGAAGAAAUAGCCUACCAGGUAGCUGACAUCUCUGGGAACCUGGCCCAGGGCGGCCAGCCCGAGAAGGAGGGCCGGGCGCACCAGUGCUUGGAGUGUGAGCGGGCCUUCUCGUCGGCCGCGGUGCUCAUGCACCACAGCAAGGAGGUUCACGGCCAGGAGCGCAUCCACGGCUGCCACGUGUGCAGGAAGGCGUUCAAGCGCGCCACGCACCUCAAGGAGCACAUGCAGACGCACCAAGCCGGCCCCUCUCUGAGCUCUCAGAAGCCGAGAGUGUUCAAAUGCGACACGUGUGAAAAGGCGUUCGCCAAACCCAGCCAGCUGGAGCGCCACAGCCGCAUCCACACAGGCGAGCGGCCGUUCCACUGCACGCUCUGCGAGAAGGCCUUCAACCAGAAGAGCGCGCUGCAGGUGCACAUGAAGAAGCACACGGGCGAGAGGCCCUACAAGUGCGACUACUGCGUCAUGGGGUUCACACAGAAGAGCAACAUGAAGCUGCACAUGAAACGGGCGCACAGCUACACGGGAGCUUUGCAGGAGUCCGCCGGCCACCCGGAGCAGGACGGCGAGGAGCUGAGCCGCACCCUGCACCUGGAGGAGGUCGUGCAGGAGGCCGCCGGCGAGUGGCAGGCCCUCACCAACGUGUUCUGACGCGAGCCGAGAGGACGCCUGGAACAGCGUGUCUGAAGUUACAGUUCGUGAAGAACGAAGCACUUGGAACUUCUGUUUUACGGCUUCAAGUGUUAAAAAUGUUACCAUAAUAGUUUUGUAGCUAUAGAAUUAUCUAAAGAAUCAUUGUCUUUCAGAGACUUAUAGGAAAAAAACUGGGAAAAAUGUAAACGCAUUGUUCUCAUUUGUCUACAAAUCACUGAACUCAGGUACUACAAUAGGCAGUUUCAUCUUCUCCUCCACGGCCAGUGUAUCUAGUUAACAGACAUUAACUGGAUCUGACUCUCAUUGUAGUGUGAUUUCUUUGUAUUAGCAAAGACAGACGUUAACACGGAAA